UCCAAUGUUAACACUAAAGACACUUCUAAAUACAACUCUGAAACUUCCAUUUCAUUUCAUUUCUCGUGUACACAGCGACGAAGCAACAACAACGGAGUUAAAUGACGGGACGGAACAUAAAACGUAAAAAUUGUGAGGAUUAAAAUUAAUUAAUUUAAAUGAAGUGUGAAUUGUGCAUAACACGAGAAAAGCAAUGAGAAAAUGCACAUUUAGUCUUAAUAAUCGCAGUAGAUAAGUGGCUUUGCGGUGGCAUGUGUUCGUGUUUAAAGGCAGUGCAAAUGAAAAGUUUGAAGUGAAAAAGAAACAAAUUUCCACACAGGAGUGGCAACAUGGAAUGCUGGAGAAGCGAAAAUCAAAUUUAGUGCUAAAAGAUUUCCAGUUUGUGAAAUAUUCAUGUGUUUUAUUCAUUCAAAACAUAUCACAGUCAAAUUGUUGAUAACUGUUGUAUUCUUAUAAUUAGUCAUAUAUCUUUCAUUAUAAUAAAAGGAGUGGUUACGGAGGCGUUUAGCCUUUUCGAUAAAAAAAAGUUUUACAAAGAAAAAAGGCACGAAACCAGUAUGAUAAAGUGAAAGCGAAUGAAAAAGGGAAAUCUACGAUUAUUAUAAAAAAAGCCACUAUGUCAAAAAACGUGUGGUACGUGGAACGUGCAGCUGCUUAGAAGUGGAAGAAAGGAAAAUAAGAAAAGUGGAAGGUGUAUUGUGGCGGGUAGGGCGGAAUAACAGCUGCCACAAACUAUAAAAUAACCCCACAAAAUUAAAGUUUUCGGUGACCGCGUUUACGCGUUUUUAUAUAAAACAAACGAAUUGCAGAAUUUCUGCGUCAAUCAUUACAAAUUAUUUAUUAGCAUAAAUUAUAAAAAUGUCCAGCUGGGCGCGACGUGCAGCAGAUAUAAGCAGUGUUGUCACUUCAUGUGGACAUCCCGGCGCUUCGGCGCCAGACUAUACCUAUAGAUUGGAGAAAGUUAAGUUCGGUGUACCACUUGAAGAAGUCUGUAAAAAUAAUGAAAACAUUCCAGGACCGCUCUUGGUUCUUAUACUUAAAUUAAAUAAAGAAUCACCAAAUAGAAGAGACGUCUUUCGAGCCCCUGGCCAUCAGGGUGCUAUGAAAAAGCUAAUACAUUUUCUGCAAUCGGGACGUUUAGUGAAUGUUGACAACUACUCAGUUUAUACGAUUGCAAGUGUGCUAAAGAAAUUUUUACGAAAAAUACCCAACGGAAUUUUUGGACGAACGGGCGAAAAAGAAUUAUUUGACAUUAUUGAGUUGGAUAACGAAUUGGAGCAGACGGAUCGUUUGCAUAGGUUAUUUACAUCACUGCCGAAAUACACUCAACGUUUACUAGUUUUACUCUUUGGUACAUUCCGUGUUAUUGCCAGCAAUGCCACUCAAGCCAGUACUGGCAUGACCAGUGAGGCGCUCGGCGUAUCAGUGGCCCCAAGUUUCUUUCAAUCUUGCGUUAGUGAUGGAAAAACAGCGCGUAUGGAGGAUGUGCUUAAAUUCAAGGUGGCCACAAAAAUUAUGAAGCAAAUAAUCGAUAAAUUUGCCACACAUGAUUUAUUUGGACGUGAGAAUUACGAAUACUAUGCGCGAGUUACUGGACGCAUACUCAAAGUACAGGAUGAAUGGAUUUGUAGUUUUCAAUAUCCACCACCACCACGUGGUAAAUUGGCACAACAAAAAUAUGCACUACAACACUCCCUGGAGGCAGAAAAGACAUGGUUACAGUGCCAGUGCGAGCGUUGGGGUUUGCUCGCUCAGGAAGAAUCCCGCUCAACGCCUGCCUUGCUAACAAGCUCAAGCUCAGCAUUAGACAACAGUGUGCUUUCAUUGGGCGUAACACCAGAACAUUCUUUUAUUGAAUCAUGUGCACGCCUAUCUGUCUCCUUAGAAGGACCAAGUCUAUUUGCGUUGACAUCAUCGCCAAUACCGAAGCGAAAUAUACAAGAUUUGCAACGCGACACCGAUAAUGAUGCUGACGUCGAUGAAGAGAACUACGGCGACGAAGAUGCAGAUGUCCACGAUGACGGCGAAAUAGAAGAUUUUGCUGCAGAACUCGAAAUAAAUAACGACGAAGAUUUCGAAAACAAUCCGAAACACAAUUAUCCAACAUAUACGGCGGUUCAAAGUGGCACGCAUAGAGCCACAGCUGCCGCUGGUAAUAACCGCUACGCAAUGCCAACACAUGGCAACGCUGCGCUGAAUACCACUUAUACCGUUAGUAAUGACAAUGACGAUGUUGUGGAUUCGAAUGAUGAUGAUGGCGAUGACGAAGUGACUGUUGUACGACGUCGCUAUCGUCAAAAUAAAAAGAAAAUACUAACACAAACUAGAAUGCAACAUCAGCGACGUUUGCGUGCCGGCUCCAAAAGCCUUGAUGGCGGCGAUCGCGUAACGCAAACGCCCAUGAAUAACGAGACAAACGAGAAUAGGAACAAAAUGAAGAACAACAAAAUACAGAUCGCCACGACAACACAAAUGACUAGUGGAACUACUAGUGGUGGCAUUAAAACAACUUCACGCACUUGCAGCCGUUGUAAUCGCGGUAUACGACAUUCGUCCUCUUGUUCCUCGGCCUCUGGAGGAGCAGGCGCUGGCAGCGUAGGAAACGGAAGCGGCAUGACUAUGGAAGAAUUACGCGCUGUCAACCGCUAUGCGGAGAGUACAAAGAGUCUUUCCUAUUUGCCACAGGUCCAUGAGCGCCAAACAGCACGCAUGCGCACACGUUCCGAAUGGUUUUUGGGUCCUAGGGAUAGUGAAUUGGCAUUGAAUUUGCCGAACACAUGCAGCAAUUGUUGUUUGGCUGCAGUACAAAAGCAGCAACUCCAACUACAACAGCAGCACCCACACUUUCCGGCACACGGCUAUCUGGGCGGUGGUAGCACACGCGACAUGCGUGCACAUUGUGGUGGCUAUGACGACGACGACGAGGAUGACAAUGUGCACAAUUUAAUAGUAAGCAGCAGUAGUGGUGGCCACAAUGCCAAUGCGUUGUAUAUGUAUUAUAAGAAACGACUGCAACAACAACAAAAAAUACAUGCUAAUGCACAACAGGCAAUGCAAACGGAGCAUAUGGAUACGGAUGAUAGCAGCAAUGCUUACGAGUAUGGUACACCAAUGUAUCAAUGUAGGCAACAACAAGAAAAGCAGCAGCAUUUACAAGUUGACAAUUCCAACAUAUAUGCACAAACACCCGAACUUCGUUUAAUGGAGCCAACAACAUCAUCGGCGUUUGCGGCUGCUUCGAAUAGCUCUGGUCGUCGCAUGUAUUUGGAUCCGAAUACUACGGCCGCAACAAAUAUCGUUGGCAACAUCCGUUUGAGUAACAGCGCCGAGUCAAUUCAAUACCCCGCCACAACCGCACGACGUCCAUCCACCCGACGCUUAAUUGGUGUUAAUGUGCCACGGCAAUAUCCAUUGCGUUCCUCAUUGCGUCGCAACAGAGAGAAACAGGUCGGCAGUGGUAAUACAAUUAAUGGCAGUGGCAAUAGUGUUACCGACAGCAAUGGGUUACUCACAACCAAUGUGGGCGCCGUCGGCGGCGCUGGUGGCAUGUUGCCCGUUGCCACAGCGCCACCAUCAGUGCGUAAUUCAAUUGCAGAGUGUUGCAGCAAUAUCGGCACGAUGCAUGAUAGUCCACAUAUACUGAUACCAGCAUAUCCAUUUAAUCGGCUGGAAGACUGCACAAGUUCUUUGGAACGAAAGCGUACGCAGUUGCGCACCAACAUGGAUGGUGAUAGUGAACACGCGGCACGGGAAAGUGUAUGCGACAGCAGAAGUGGUGCUAUGUGUGAGCUCAGUGGUAUGCUAAUGGACACUACGGAGUCCAUGAAAGACUGCGACAAUGUGGAUCCAACAUACGUUUAUGUAAGCGGCAACAACAAUUUAGUAUAUGCAACAACAGGCAUCACCAACAAUAUGCCAACGCUGAUAACAACGCGCAACUUGGAGAACGUGGUUGGUGCGUCAACGACGGCGCAACAACAGCGAAUGUCCAUACAAAACCAAAGCAGUGAUGGUGUGCAAACGGCAGAGGGCGUUUCGACAAUCACAUUUAAAGCUCCGCGUGUAUGAAAAUAAUAAAUAAGCCAGCUAUCAAACCAUAUGGGGAGUAGUAAGGAAUAUGACAGUGUGUUAUUAGCAUAUGCUGAAAUGCGAGUGCAUUCGAAGGUAGUUUUUAAGUAAACACAAAAAAAAAAAAAAUCAGUUGAAUUCAAAAUAUCUUUCGAUAUUUACUGUUACUGUAUUUAUGUAUUUUUCUAUAUUUAAAGUUCCAAAAAUGUACAAAACAUUAAUGUCGUUACUUAUAGAAAACAGCAGCAAUUUAAAUAAUGUACAUAUAGUUUCAGCUUUUACAUUAUUGAAAUUUUUAAUGGGGUAUUGAAAUUAUUUGACUUAUGAAGGUUUUCGAAAAGCUUAACUUGUAUGUUAUACGUGUAUAGUAAUAGGUUAAAGAAUUUUAAUAAUUCAAAAAACGUUAGUGAUAGCAAUAUUUAUUAGCAUAAAUUAAUUGGAGAGUUAAAAAAUACAUACAUAUUUAACAAUGUUGUAAACAACAAUUCGAAAAAAAAUAAAAUUAGCAAAUGGUUAGUAAUAAAUUCGUUAUUAAAGCGAAAUAUCAAAUGUUAAUAUUAUAUUAUUAUAAUAUUAUGCUUGUAUCUAUUAACGCAUAAUUGUAAAUAUGACACUUGAUGUUCAUAAAAGGGUUCAUCUCUAGGUGUAAAAUUAUUAAAAUAGUUUGCUACAAAUGUAAUUCGUAUUGGUGGUUGUUGUAUGCUACACUUUACAUACCUGUAUAUGUAUACACAUAUAUUUGUCUAUAUUUACAUAUAUAGUAUAUAUAACGGAUUUACACUUCGUUGCUUUUAAUUCAGUAUUAUUCGAAUACAUUAGUUUAAAAUCCCUAGCCACUUACUGCCGGACUAUAUGAAAUGUCAUACAAUGUCCUUACCACAUACUGGAAAUGUUAAAACUAUCAAAUUAUUUACGCCUCAAAUUGUUAUUAUUUCAUAUUUUUUAAUGAAAUAUAAGUAUAUAUAUUAUUUAAUUUAGUAUAUAUUUUAAAUAAUAAGUUGUAAUGAUUUUUUGAAGAUAGGUUGAACAAGUGAAUGAGUUAUGAAUAUACUCGUACACAUUUAUGUAUACCCAAUUGGCAAAAUUUCUUUGUAACCUCCAAACCCAUUCAGUUUUAGUAAACAACUAAAUAAUGUCAAAACACACUUCCCAACUCAUGUACCUUAAUGUUUAACAGUAUUGAGUAGGUUUGUUUUGAACUUGAAAGUUCAAACAAUCCAGCAGAUAUGCAUAUUAUGUUUUGAAAACUCACCAUCCGGUCCCAGUUCCUUUAUUUAAUAUACAAAUCAAACUUACGAACAACCUUUAAACCGUUAUGCAAACCACCAUUUAUUAAUUAUUCAUUCCCCUCACUAAGUUUUACCAAAGUCAACAAACCAAACAAUCGUAUAAUAAAAUUAGUUUAAUUAUUAUUAAUAUUCAAUUUGUAUAUAAACUUUAUUAGCUAUGGAUAUACAUAAAUACAUAUUACUGUUUAAAAAAUGCCAAAUAUUUGAAAAUAAAGAAAAUAAAAGCAUACACUCUUGUAUGUCUGUAUGUAUAAGUAGUGACUGCAAAAGUAAUAGUACGCAGUUGUCGAGGUUAAAAUAUGUGGCAGCUAAAAGAGUGAAAUAUUUAUGAAUGAAAUAAAAAAAAAUAAAUAAGUAAUAUAUAUAAUAAAAAUUAUAGCUACAAAUAAAUGUUACUUGUUUUUAAUUAAAAUAAUAAAAUAAUUUAUGCAAUUGCUAAUAUUCGUAUUAUGAUUAAUUAUAAAUAAUUAAUUAAAUAAUUAUGAUAUAAUAUAAGUAAAUACCCACACACAUAUGUAUGUAUAUGCAAUCCCUAUGACCUUGCAUUAGAAUUUUAUUAAUUUUGUUUUUAUGAAUUUAAGCAACAACAAUUGCUGUUUACCUUUUAUUAGGUUCAAAAUGUGUAUUUGGACGUCGUUUUAUACUCGCUUUUAUAUAGUAGUUUUUUGGUAUAACGGAGGACUUCGUUGCCAAUUGUAAUUUCCACUUUAUCUAAAAUUCCGAAUGAAAGCAUUUAUGUACGAGCAUGUCGGUUGUGUAUCAAAAUAUGUAUGUAUAUGCUUCUAAGGUUAGAAAGUCUAACAGUAAAAAAUGAAUUUUCUGAUGGUAAAAAUUAAUCAAAUAAGUUUGUAUGUAAUAAUUAUGUAUGCCGAAAAUAGUUAAUAAAGGAAAAAAUACAUAUAAGUCGUCAUCGUCGUAAUUCUAAAGGAAUAGAUUAUGAUUGGGAGCGGCUUUAUAUGUAAGUAUAAAAAUAAGAUAUAUUUUCCAAUUAUAUUAAAAUUAAAAUCUUUUGUUGAAACACUCGCUAUGACCAUAUAUUGAAAUAAUCGUCGGAAUUGAAAGUUUAUUAAUUCACUGUAUAGGCAUUAUCCAUGUCAUUGAGAAUACAAUAUUUUGGCUAUAGAGAAAUUACAACUUACCAAUCCAAAUAGUGUUAGUUAGAUUCCGAAUAUAACAGCUAUCGGCGGGAUACAUUUUCGGGUCUAUAGCGCUGUUGUAGAAUAAAAUGGUUCUUUUGGUCAUACAAAUUUAAUUGAAUAACAUAUUAAUAUACUUUCAGAUGAUUAAUUAUACUUUCUCUUUAAUCUUUAAUAUUUUUUUCCUGAAUAAAAUAUAUUAUAAAUUAUUUUCAUAAAAAACUUGGUAGACGCUUCGUUGGCAAAAAAAAUAUAAUUCCUGUCAUCCAAAUCCAACUAUGUAAUAUAAAUGGAUUAAUUGAGUUUACUCAUUAGAGUAACAGCAGGAUCACAAAGUGUCCAAUAACAUUAGGCACUAUCCGCGAUAAAUAUCCUUGUAACUAGAAAACAUUAUGUAUCAGCGAUAUAACCUUGUUAAGUUCGGGUGAUUUCGAACGACAAACCAAAAUAUACUCAUGGUUUUCUCCUCCUUUGAUUCUUUUUAUCCAUCCGAUAAAUUUUUAAUAACAUAGGACUGAAAUUAAAAUAUAACUUACACUUUUAUUAGAGACCUUUUCUUUCCCUUACUGACAUCGUAACACUUCUUACCACCAACUUACGUUAAUGUGAAGAGUUCCAGUUUGGGUGUAAGAAUUCCACUAUGUUGAUAAUAAAUGCAUUUCCCUCGAGAAUAAGUUAAAUAAACGAUAUACUUGUGUAUAUCAGCUUUAACAACAAACGCAAAAAUGUACAUCAAAGUAGUUUAUUGCUUUAUUUUUUAUUUUUUCGCACAAUACAAUGAUUACUGAUUUUAGAUGAUUUUAUUUUGUACAUCAAUUCACAAUACAUAUACAUAAGAUUGAUUACUUAAAUACACUUAAGUACCUAAUGAGAGCAGUGUAUCGUAAGCUCUUUUAAUGAUUGGCUUAUUACAAAUGUUGAAGUA